GGCCGGAAUCACGAUUGAUUGAUUACCCUUUUCAGUUUUACCUUGUUUUACACAAUUUUGCUUGGAAUCAGAUAUCAAGUUAACCAGAUGAACAUUGUCUACAAGCAUCUGCGUUGAGUUGAUCUACAGAAUAGAGGACAAGGAUCGGGAAUUUCAAGCGGAUCAACUUUUUUGCCCCCAGAUCUUGACUUACUAUACAUCCAGAAGAAGAGAAGGAGAGGAGGAGGAGAAGAAGAAAGAGGGGGAUUUUUAGGAGAAAAUUGUAAGGUGAAAUCAGGAGAAAUGGAGGUUUUACAGCGCCUGAUCCUGGUAUUAUUUGCCUCAGUUGUAGGAUUAGUAAGCACUGGUUCUGCACAAGAUCCGACAAGAGGGAAGAUCUUUGUAACAGCCCCUAACGUGUUACGGUUAGGAGUCAACGAAACGGUGACAGUGUCAGUAUUCAAUACAGAACCAGAAGAAGAUGUAGAGGUUACAGUGUAUAUUCGGAGAAGUAGGAGGGAACCAAUAGAGUUUGGGUAUUCAUAUUCCACUGUAGCAGUACGCAGAGGCACCCCAGUGACCACCACUGUGCAGGUUGGUACAAGGUUUUACCCUGACCUAGCAACAGAAGGUAAUGGCUAUGCAAAUCUGGUAGUUAGUGCGCCCUCGCUUGGUUUCCUUGAGGAGAAAGAGAUCUUGUUAUCAAACAAGUCAGGAUAUAUUCUACUUCAUACAGAUAAACCAAUCUACACACCCAACCAAGAAGUGAAGAUUCGUUUAGUGGCUGUAGACCAAGACAUGAAACCAUCAUCGGAAUUGAUUCAUAUGAUGAUUGUCAACCCUCAGGGUAUCAUCAUAGAACAGUUCAGAGAGACAAGAGCAGUCAAUGGAUUCCUUGAUAAGACCUUCACCUUCGAUACCGAACCAAUGUUUGGUAACUGGUCUGUCACAGUCCUACAUGGUCAUGAGUUUGAGAAAAACAAGACUGUGAAGUUUGAAGUGAGAGAAUAUGUUCUUCAAAGAUUCACAAUAAAAAUAAACACUCCGGAUUUCAUCUUAGAAAGCUCCAGCCAAGAAUCUUUAGACAUCAACUUUGAGGCAAAGCACAUCUACAAGAAACCAGUGGAGGGUACGUAUUAUAUGGAGAUUGGAAUCCUCCAGCGGGAUGGAAGCGUGGUUUCCAAGAGCACCACUGCAGGCACACUUUUGAAUGGAAUUGGAACCUCUGCCAUUUAUCCCCGGUAUAACUUUGGUCAUGAUUGGUUCCGUAACUAUGAGGGUUGCAGACUCAACGUCGAGGUGCGGGUCACAGAAUCUUCUACAGGUGUCACAGAGGGAGCUGUUGACAUAUCAACGAUGAUCGUACAAAGUCCUUACCGCUUCAAGACUGGUCAAACCAUCCGUUAUUUCAAACCAGCAUUGCCUUAUGAAGUACAGUUUGAGUUGGAGACUGUGCUUGGUAAGCCAGCGCAGUAUCUUCCCGUGAACGUGGAGGCAUCCGCACUGGUCCAGUCUCGGCGACUAACACUCAAUCAUAACAUGGAUCCCAAUGCUAACCAGCAGUGGACUGAUGCCAACGGUCGAGUGAAAUUCAUCUUCAAUACUACUCAUGAUACAAGCCAAAUCAAUAUAAGGGUAUCAACAGAGGAGAGGAUAGAGCGAGAGAAUGCAGUAUUUCAGUUUGAUGCGAACCCUUACCAGUCACCAGCUGAUGAUGAUUAUCUGUCUAUUAGCAUUGCACAAACACAUCUUAGAGUUGGUGAUGCGAUAUAUGCCGUUGUCAGGACAACAGCGACUACUCCAAUUGAUAAUCUUAAUCUACUAUUCCUCUCGCAAGGCAAAGUGAUCUUGGCUAAGAGCAUUGAUCAUGUGAUCAGCAACCAAGAGGAGGUGUUUUUCAGUGUUACCUCAGACAUGGUCCCCAUCGUUCGCAUCAUUGCAUAUUACAUCAAUCACCUGGAUCAGGUCAUAGCAGACUCCAUUGCUCUCAAGAUCGAGAACACCUGCAUACACCAUGUUGCAAUCAACAUCCAGGAAGAGCCUAACAAUGAAGGAGCGUACCUACCUGAAUCACCUGUUACUCUGCUGGUAGAUGCCUAUCCUACAUCCUAUGUUGGACUGCUUGGAGUCGAUAAGGCAGUCUAUGCUCUCAACAACAACCAUAGACUAAGCAGACGCAAGAUGUUUGAGAUGAUGCAGACGUAUGAUGUGGGCUGCGGGCCAGGGGGUGGACCUACUACACCUCUCAUCUUCAAAGAUUCUGGCUUGUCUGUUCUGACGAAUGCUCGGUUAGCUGUACCACCACGAGAAGGUCUUACAUGUCAACGUGCAGGUCAGUCAUCGAGAAGAAAGAGAAGUGCUGUACAGUGUCAAACAAACACUCGCAGCAGAAUUGAGCAAUGCCUAUACCAACUGGAGCGUAGUGGUAACUGUGACGAUAACCUAACAACCAAUAGAAUGUUCAACAGAAUCCAACGAUGGUGUACCUGUGAGACCAUCGCUACCAAACUAGCCUCUAAAGUACCUCCGUAUUGUCCACAGGCUACACAACAAGAUAUUGAGGAUUUCACCCGAUGCUGUGAGCUAAUGAAUAUAUGGCGUUUGGGCGGUGCUCCUGGUGUGGACGUCGUUGAUAGUAUGGCUCCAUACGAUUAUGCUGACGAUUCUCUGAGCACCUUUGAAGAAUUUGGGACAGAUGUGAGAACUGAUUUCAAAGAAACAUGGCUCUUUGAUCUCAUUAGGGUCGGUGCCCAUGGACAGGAAGCUAUAGACCUUCAAACUCCUGGUAGCAUCACUGAGUGGAGUCUACAGGCUGUAUCAGUCACCCCUACUGGAGGCCUCUGUGUGACUGAUCCACUCGAUGUGAACGUCUUCAAGAGUCUCUCCAUUCAACUCCAGCUGCCUUAUUCGGUGGUCCGUUUAGAGCAGAUCGAAGUUCUCGCAACCGUCUACAACUACAACCCACAGGGUACAAAUGUGCGUGUAUCGUUCUACAACCCCAAAGGAGCCUGUGGUGAAUCCAGCGACCCAUCCCAGCCAGCUACUAGGGUGGUCCAUGUUCCAGGAUUUAACUCACAAUCUCUCAAGUUUGUCAUUGUUCCUGUAGAGAUAGGUGAACUACCAAUCACUGUCACAGCGAUAUCAGACUUGGGUAGUGAUGGAGUCCAGAAGACACUCAAUGUUAUUGCUCAUGGAAUCCCUCACACAGUAGAUCACUCUGUGUUGUUAGAUCCGUCAGGGAUCUAUCAUCAGCAGCGAAGAUCACCUCGUCUUAGGGCAGCCAUGAUGGAUGAUAUCCAGAGUGAUCAAGUGUUAGAUACAGACAACGGAGUUCAGUAUAACAUCCUUGACCUUAGACCUCCUGAUCAUAUCAUUCCUGGAACAGAGUCUGCAGUACUCACCCUGAUUGGUAACAUGCUUGGUCCCAUCCUGGUUGAUCCUGUGUCAAACUACGGUGAAUGGUUACAGUUCCCCCGUGGGUGCGGAGAACAGACCAUGAGUAUCGUAGCUCCUACCAUCUUUGUUCACAAAUAUCUCCUGACAAUGAAGCUGAUGAAUGCCUCCCUUGAGGAGACGGCUCUGGAUCGCAUCUCAAGAGGUUUAGCUAGUGCAUUGGCUCAUCGACGUGAUGAUGGUUCCUUCUCUAUCUGGGGUGUAAAUGAAAGCUACAAUAGCAGUACUUGGUUGACAUCGUUUGUGCUGAAGGUAUUUUCUCAUGCUUCCCAGAUUGCACCUGUUGAUAUGAAUGUGACGUGUAAGGCAGCUGAAUGGCUCAUCAUGAAUGCUCAACAUCCCAACGGAUCAUUCUCAGAGCUCUAUAAGGUUCAUCAUAAAGAGUUGACGGGAGGUGUGAGCGGUGAAGCAUCGAUGACAGCGUAUGUUCUCAUCUCUCUGUAUGAAAGCACUUGGUGUGAUCGUUUUGAUAGGAACUUUGCAGCCGCUAUUAAUGAUGCCCGAGCUUUCCUUGAGCGUCAAGUCAAGUACCUGACCAGACCUUACGCUAAGGCCAUUGUAACCUAUGCCUUGGCUCUAUCUAGGAGUCAGUAUGCAGAGGAGUCAAAUAGGAUGCUGAGAAAUGAUGCCAUUACACUUGGAGAUGGUAGUCGUCAUUGGACCCCUGAUGAAUCAGACCUGACUAAUGAAGAUCUACCUCACUGGUAUAGAUUCCGACCCUCGGCUAUCGAGGUAGAAACCACAGCUUAUGCCCUCUUAGCUCAGCUACAGCUUCGUGAUAUGUCUUACGCAGGUAGCAUUGCACUCUGGCUCAGUCAACAACAGAACUAUGAAGGUGGAUUCAUAUCAACACAGGACACAGUGAUUGCUCUCCAAGCUCUGACGAGAUACUCAGACAUGGCUCACAGUGGAGGGGAUAUUGACCUUUCUUGUGUCGUGACCUCGACGGUAGAUGAAAACUUCCGCUUUGAACAUCGUUUCCUACCCCAUAAUGCCCUUGUCCAACGAGAAAUAGCUGUACCUGUUGGUGGUCCUCUUCGCAGUCAAUGUGAGGGAAAAGGAACGGCUAAACUUGCGGUGAGAAUGAAAUUCAAUCGCUUACCAAGCUCAAGUGAUGUGUGUCCAUUCAACGUGACGUACAAUGCUCGGGAAGCACGGACAGGGUUAGAGGUCACAGGGAUCAGUCGAUCUCGUGUCGGCAUCAUACCUCGAUCUACGACAACAUCCGCCCAGAUGGCUCGUGCCAAGGGAGACUUUGUGGCGACCAUCAGGUUCUGUGCAAGAUACACACAGAAUACAAGAACCAACAUGGGAAUCAUUGAUGUGGGACUGUACUCAGGAUUUGUGCUGGUUUCAAAUCGUCUUGAGGAUAUGGUCCAGACUGAUCAUCUUCAUCUUGUCCAGAGGUACGAAGUCUCACAGCGAUCGGUCAUCUUUUAUCUAGAUAGGAUUCCAGCUGAUCAAGACAUCUGUAUGGAGUUCAAUGCAAGGAGAGAGAUCCAUGUUGGUAACGUUCAACCGGUAGCUAUCAGGGUAUAUGACUACUAUUCACCAGAGAAAUCCUGCACAUCAUUUUACCAUCCUUUGGAAGGGAAUACACAGUUACCUACUCUGUGUAACAGUGCUGAUCAGUGCAUAUGUCCUAGUGAACGAUGUGCAAUGUGUAACAGAGAAAACGGAAAGAAUCUACUCACCAAAGCUUGUGAAUCGAGAGACAAUUAUGCUCUGAGAGUGCGGAUGGUUUCACAGGAGAGAAUUAGUGGAUACACAGUGUAUACUGGCAAUGUUACAAAAGUCAUCAAAACUGGUCAAGAUGAUGUUAUUGCUGGUAUGCUUAGGCAGUUCUACAUCAAAGAGAGGUGUCCAUGUCCAAGAAUCAAACUCAAUAAUGAACACACAAUCAUUGGUUCAGCAGGCCUUGGUUUCAUCACUGAUUCAGGGGCAGAAGGCUACAAGUACCUCCUGGAUGAGAGGAGUAUUGUGGAAUGGUGGCCAACCAAACUCAGUAAAAGGAAGAAUGUAGACAUUCAAAGGAAACUGCUCAAGUUUGAACAGGACGUCACCGAUUCAAGAGCUGAGCAGAAUUGCCCGCCCAUGCCCAAUUCACAAUCGUAAACUCAUUUA